AUGGCAGGUACUAUCGAUGUAGCUACCUCUAACUUAUCUUCUUAUUAUCAAUCCUUGGACAUAAGUCAACAGUUUCAAUAUGAUCGGAAAUUAACUCCAAGUAAGGAGGAACGUCUGCCUGAUCCUUUUACCUUAAAGAAUUGGAAACGCGAUAUCAACCUGCUACCUAAUGUAGCAUGGCUUGAUAUCUAUAAAUACCUUGUAGAUACUACAAGUGAAUUUACGCAAGAUACUGUCAAAGCAUACAAAUCUCUAAAAGCGUAUAGUUACUUCCUUUGUGGACAUGUACAGGACAUCUAUUACCAUGACAUCGAAGUAGAAUGUCAAUUCUGCUUUGUGAAAUCAAAGAUUCUGUCCAGUACACUGCAAGGUAAAAAAGCAGAAUUCUACCACGCCUGGAUAUGUACUAACAAAAAAUCAGGAUCAAUAUUAACUGCAAAUUGUACUUGUAAAUCCGGCUUAGGGUCUGCAUGUGAUCAUGUAGCCGCUGUCUUAUUCAAAUUACUAGCAUACUUUCAGUUGGAACUUCAUACAACUACAUCGUCGAGCAAAUUAAGUACCUGGAAUCAAUCUAAAACGCAUACAUCGCCACGACCUCUCAAAAAGAUUUGCUUUAAGAGACCUAAGCGUAGCGAUUUACUACCUUACAGCACCCAUACAGAUGGUGUUAAAGAUACGAAAAUGAAUAUUAGCUACGCAGAUCCAACAGCUGGUGCAGCAGGUAUAUCAGAAAUCCAGCUAACCGCUUUAAAAGUAGCUGCUCCAAAUGCUGCUAUUUUUACAAGUUUUACGACGAAUAGAGUCCAUUUUGGCAUUCCUAAUGGAUCGCAAGGUAAUCGAAUUAUCCAGCAUGACUGGAGCUCUAUUCCAAGGCCGAUAACAAGUUUAUACGAUCCAGAAAAAGCAAAAUUAAACUCUCGAGAUCUUCGAACAAUAAGCUAUCAGGCUUUUGAAGAAUAUAAAAAAUUAUAUACGCAAAAUUCUUAUGAUAAGCUAUGCGCAGUAACAGUCUUCCCCAAGCGAUCACCUUUGUGGAAGGUUCACUGUGCUGGUCGAAUUAUCGCUUCCAUGUUUCAUCGCAUUGCUCAUUCCAUAAAUAAUCCAAAUAGAGCUUUAAUUAAAUGUAUAAUGCAGUAUAAGCUCGAAUAUGAUGGUGCAGCAGUUAUUUACAGUAAGCAAAUGACAGACAGCGCGUUAAAUUGCUACCUAGCUACCAUGCGUAAAAGUCAUGGCAAUUUUACGCUUAAAGCGACAGGUCUACACAUCAAUUCUAAAUUUCCUCAAUUUGCAGCCUCACCAGAUGGUAUUAUCCAUUGCGAAUGUCAUGGUAAAGGUGCUUUAGAAGUUAUCUGCCCUUAUAAAUAUAAGGAAGGCUUAACUAAUUGGUAUAAGGAUAAAGAUUGCCCAAUAUCCGAAAGCAAGUUACUGAAAGAGAAUCAUCCAUAUUUUUAUCAAGUUCAAGGAUUGCUGUUAGUUUGCGAGUUGGACUAUUGUGAUUUUUUCAUAUGGACACAAGGUAACAAUGCUGGAGAUAAAAUUAUAAUAAGAGUUUGGAGGAACGAUGGAUUUAUUGAAAAGUUAUUACCUAGUUUAAAUCAAGUGUUUAAGAAUGCUAUUUUACCAGAAAUCGUAAAUAAAGAGUGCUAUUUUACCAAAAAAGGUUCAAUAGAAACAAGUAAGAAAAUCUUGUUAAUUAAAGAAGUGUUUGUUACCUUGGUUAUCAACUUCAUGUGCACCCUACUAUAA